AUGCAGUCUUCAAAGAUCAGGCUGGUAGUUCCACAUGGCCUCAAGACCCUGCUUGAGGGGGUGAGCCGGGCUGUCGUGGAAAACAACCCGGAUGACAUUGCUGAGUUUUUCGCUCUCUAUUUCCAAGAGCUCGUCACCUUUCAGAAAGGGAAUCCAAAUCUGGAUAUAACAGAACUGGUUGAAAAGUUUGAGUUCGUUAGCGAAAAUGGAAAUGAGGGACUGGAAGAGAAGACAGCCGAGUACACAGAUACUUUGUUUUCUGGGGAGCCCAAGCAAAGGGACAAGUGUACUGACACAGAGGAAGACCAGCUCCUUGAAGAACCUGAUAUUCAGUAUAGCUCCAAAAUAACUCAACACCCAUCAAUUGCCAGUUCCAUUGCAGAAAGCAAAUUGCCCCCUGGAUCUGAUGGAGCUUCAUCCCCUGAGGGACCUGAACUGGUGUACGUCCCUGCUGAGCCUGCACAGCUUGCUGCCCACGUGCUAGGUAACAGUGAUUCUCUUUAUUCUGUGAGGGAUGUGGCAACCAGUGUGCAGACUCUUUAUGAAGACUCUCAGAUCUCGGAGAAUGAAUUUACACCAGUAGAAGGUGCUGCUGAAGAUGCUUCUGCUGUCCCAGCAGCCGAGGAUUCUGUAGAGGCUCUUAGGUCACAACCAGGAGUGUGGAGCCAGUCCUCCAUAGAUGGAGAACUAGGUCCUUCAGACAGCCAGGCUGAUGUCUCAAAAAAUGAUGUAAAUCAAGCUUCCUUGGUCCCCUUGUGGGAAGAACCAUCACCUCUUUCACCACCACCAUCACCUGCUCCUAAAGAUCCAUUGCAGGCUGUGCCUUCCUGCAACGAAGCUGAGGCUACCCCAACCACUGAGGUUGUAUCACUGUGUUGGGAUGAUGAGCUGAUUAUGGAUGCAGAGGUUCCACCUUAUGUAGAGCAGUUUCCACAGAAAAUAAUCAUUCCCUUUGUAGACCAAACAGCUUAUCUGUUAAAGAUUGAGCAGCCAUUAAAUGCAGGCCAGGGCUCAAGUGCUACAACCUUAGGUCCAUCUGCUGAUGAUUUAGUGUGCCAUCCUGAGAGAACGGAAUCUACAGCACAAGUGGAAUCAGCUGAGCAAGCUUAUGUCUUGUCAGGUAAGAAAGUUUGGGUCUUUGUGUUGUCUUCCUGUUCCAGCUUUCAGCUCUACAGCGUCAUCAAUGGUCAUUAAAUGGAAAAGCACCUACAUCAGUGCAACACAGGGUAGAGAUG